AUGGGCAUGUACUUCGUGUCGUCAGUGUUACUGAUACGUAUGAGUAUGCCACCAGAAUAUAGGUCGAUGAUCACCGUUGUGCUAGGGGAUUUACAGUUCAGUUUCUAUCAUCGAUGGUUUGACGUCAUCUUUUUGAUCAGCGCCCUUUCCAGCAUAGGCUUUUUGUACAUUGCUCACAAGCACCAAGCACCGGAGAAGAACGCGACGCUGUGA